AUGUCCAGGAAAGUGUCCGACUGCACCAGAGAAGGUGUCCACUACGAGCUACGAUACAAAAGUCAUACUAUAGGCAUCAGGAAUAGCGAGGUCACGCUUCGUGAUAUUACUGGGGAAAAAAGGAAGAGAGCACCUUUUUUCAUAAAGGAAACUACUCACAAGGUCGCUGAAACCUCUUCGACAGCCCACGACCGGUUUCGCCCUUCUUGGGGCUCACCAGGUAGGCGCAGUCCCCGAGUUUCCGUCAACCCUAUGUUCUACUUGAAUAUCAUAAACGAGAGAUUCAGUUGA